AUAAAGCAUCAUGCAUCUAAUCUCCUUUGAGAAUUCCGCUGAACUGUUUUCUGAUGGACGUUUGAAUUAUUUGACGGCACGGACACGUGGAUAUAGAAACAAACUUGGCGAUGGUGAUACCAAGAGGAUAACUUCAACUUCAGGACAGCCACUGCCUUCAUCUGACACUUGCCUUCCUUGGACCGUGGACCCUAGUAAACCUGACUGAAUAACUUCAUAAUUCUGUUCUUCCAGCUGAUGGAAGAGAAGACACCCAUCAAGCUUGCCAUGGUGUCCAGACUGCCUAAGUUCGGUGUCCGCCCCACCACGGGGGUCACCAGCCCCCUACCCAAUGGAACCACCCCUUCACCCCAAGACAGCAAGACCACCCCCCCAGCAAGACCCAAUGGGGUGGUCCGUGCCUCCUCCUUCUCUCUAAAAUGGAGGAAAGACGGGGGCAGUACUCCAACCACCCCCACUAGCCUUGAAGAUGAUGCAUGCCCAAAGGAGGGAGAGGACAAGCCCAAGACUCCGCACUCCACAUGGGGGAGGGAGAUCAAGAAACCCUCCCCAUCCACCCCUAAGAGGGUCAGGAGGUCUGGUUCGUCUGAGUCAUCUACUUCCAGCCCCAGGGCCAUCCCCCGCCAAGCCGCAAAGACCAGCCCCAAGGCAGGGCCCAGACAGGGGCAGAGCAACUCCUUCAGUGGAGGCCCCAAACUAGGCCAAAAUGGAGCUACUGAUGGCCCAGGACAGUCAGGUUCAGGGCUGGUGAGGCCACGGGCCAGCUCCAGCUCCCCGCGCAGCAGCUCUAGAGAUAGCCUGUCCCAGUCCAGUGACAGCCUCAAGUCCCUCACACUGGACAACAUGGUGCGCUCGCAGAGUUUCACCCACUUCAAGCAGAUCCCGUCCCCGACCAACUUGCCCAUGGCACGCUCCUUCUCCUUUAACCGGGCAGUGGAGCUGGCCAAGCCUCUGGCCAACACCCAGCUACAACCACCCAGGACCAACCACAUCAGACCCCACCAGCUGUCGAAUGGGAGGCAGGGCCUGGGGAUGGGCCUCGGCCUGGGGACAGGGCUGGGGGGGCUUCAGUAUCCUCGGAGCCUCUCUUCAGCCGGCUCCCCCUCCACAACCCCUAGUGCCCUGAAAAAACCUCUUCUCCCCAACUGUGUUCUGAACAAGCCUUCUGCUCUGGGCUAUAGACUGACACGGCCUGGCCAGGUCAAGCAGCAAAAACCCCUGUUUACAGGGAGGGUGAAGGGGGAGGUCAGGGCUGGAGGAGUGGGGGACGGGGUUAGGGCAGAGUCACCCCCCCUCACCCUCACUCCAGACCCCCAUAGUGACAGCGACAGGACCUCAGGGGGGCAGCUCAGGGGGACAGGGGAGGGGCUAGAGGACAUGUCUCUCUCCUCAGCCUCAUCGCUCUCUCGAGGAGACACCAGCGAGGAGUUCUUGGAUGACUUUAAUAACCUGGCUGAUGGGGAUGUCCCAGACAACAGGACGAGAGAUAGUACUGCCACUCAGACCCGCCUGCGGAGCUUCCUGAAUGAGACCAUGGACUGGAAUGAGAUGGGCCUCUCAGGGCGGAAGGAGGAAGUUGUGGUGAGGACAGUCCUUGACAUCCUGCCCCCAGAGAGGGGAGACUUCCUUCAGGGCUCGUCUCUGGAGCUGUCCCCCUCCAACAGCUCGGGGGGCACUUACAUGUGGGACGAGGAGGAUCUGGAGCCCCUGGGACCCAGAACACACCCAUGUGAGAGCUAUGAUGACUCAGACCGCCUCAACAGCAUGGACAUUCUGAACAACCUGGACCCCCUGGAGCCAGCUGACCUGGAGGACGACGACCUCAUGCUGGACGUGGACCUCCCCGAGGACGGAUCUCUACGAACACAGACAACAGUGGCUCCAGACGCUGAUGAGAUGGCCCAUUCUGACCGCUCAGAGAGGGGGGGACGAAAGGGUCACUGGAGGAGGAGACAGCCUCGCUGGAAUGGACUAGACCACUUCCAUAAUGACAACAGGGGUCCAGUGUUCCAGCAGUAUGAGGGUUACACUUGUCAUGGAGGGUUCAUGGUUGGCCCCCGUCCUCUUCCUCCUGUAGGGAGACACGAUGGCUACUUGGGGGCGCUGGAUGAGCUCACACUCAAACACAUGGCCCAGGACUGCAGCUCUGUGAAAAACAAGCUGCUCAAACUCAAUAGUUUAUUACAGAUGGAGGAUGGAGGCCCAGAGGUUGUGAAGGAGGGUGAGGAGGUUGAGGAGGAUAACAGCACAACUAUACAGUUGGAGGAGCUAAUGAAGGAGGUGCGGGAGCUCAGGGAGGAGCUGAGGGAUAAGGACAGGACAAUCACACAGCUCACACGACAGCAACAGGCGUCUGCUCAUGCUGACCAGCCUGGGAGCUGUCACUGUCACCAGAGGCCACCGUCGCUCGAGGAGGACAGACAGACGCACCAAGACAAGGCCACACAGACCCCCUGGAGAGGACAAGGAAACAGCCACGCCGGUGUGCCGCCCGCCCCCUUCCUCUCCCCCUGGCAGAGCCAGUACCAUGGGCCGCCCCGCACCAGCAUGCCCCAGCGCAGACAGACUUCAAAUACUACAGCCUUCCAGCCCCAGCCACCACGAGCACCUCACCCAGGAAAGACUAGUAAAAACAGCCCUCACCGAGGGCCACAGUGACCCCCAGAGAAGGAGGAGCA